GGAAUUAUAUUGUUACUUAUGAUAACAAAAACAAAGCUGUUGUCUGGUGGACGCUUGAUAAAGAAAUUGAAAAAAUUGAAGUUGAAAAAAAGACGCUUUAUGAAAAAAUUGAAGAAUUUGAACAUGAAAAAAAGAUACUUGAUAAAUCAAUUGAAAAACUAGUAGAAAAAAAAAAUAAAGAUUUUAUUUUUAAUAUAAUGAUUUAUAAACAAAAUAAAGAAUCUUUUAAAAUCUCUAUUAAUAAAAUUGAUAACAUAUUAAAGUUGUGUGUUUCUGAUCAAAUGAAGAUUGCGUAUAUUUCAAGUUAUCCAAGGCAUAUCAAUAUUAUUGAUAUGAGUGACCUAUCUAAAGAAACAAAAUUGCGUUUGGAUUUUAAAAUGGAUUGA